UUUCACUCAUUUCUUCACUCUUCUUUUUUUCUUCGCGAUGCGCUUGCAUUUAAAUCUGGCUCCUCGUCUGUCGCAGCAACAGGUACACCGAGCGACAGUGUUGCUCGGUGUACCUGGCCUGUACCAACACUCGCUGUCUUCGGAGCGUCUGCCCCCCUUCCUUCCUUCACAUAAUGGUACGAUCCUAGUCAGAUGUGUCGUUCGUGAACGAGCCGGCAUUAUGAGCCAAUGGUUUGUGUGCCCAUAUAAAUAUAGUCCCGCCCCUGCCGAAUGGAUUUUCAGCAGAGCUGAGCAGGGGCUCCUUCGCGAACGACACAUCACUAGUUGGCAGACUGGAAGUCGUCUAGGAGCGGCUUCUUCGCUGCCCCUAGUCCGCAGAACAGCUCCACGGAACUCACUGUUGUUGUUAUGGUUUUGCUGCAAAGGACUCCGCGCUGGUCGCUCAUGGCCAUCCGCAACGCCCGAUGGAGUAGUAGCCUCUCCGCCCGGUUCCUGGUGCGCCCUGACCUCUGUUCCCUUUUCAGCGACCCCCUCGCGGUAGAGGUAGAGGGACUGGUGCCAGAGCAGGAGGUCGUCGUGGAGGCCAGGCUGAGAGACGAGAAGGGCGAGCUGUUCGAAUCUAACGCCCGGUAUCGCGCGGACUCCAGCGGCCGAGUGGACCUCAGCAGGGCGUCCUGUCUCGGUGGCAGCUACAUUGGAGCCGAGCCCAUGGGCCUCUUUUGGUCGCUGCUCCCUCAGAAUCCGUACAAGAUGCUCGUGAAGCGCGACGUGCGGAGUCCCUUCCUAGUGGAGCUGGAGGCCCGCGAUGGCGAGGAGCAGAAUGGUCACCUGCUGGCCCGCGAGACGCUCGAACGAGGCUUCUUAGCCAAAGGGGUGCGUAGGCUGCCGGUAAAGGAGGGUCGAGUCCGUGGGACACUCUUUCUGCCUCCGGGUGAAGGCCCGUUCCCUGGGGUUCUUGACAUGUACGGUACAGGAGGAGGUCUACCAGAGUACAGGGCCUGUCUCCUCUCAGGCCACGGUUUUGCGGUGCUUGCUCUCGCCUACUAUGGCUAUCAGGACCUGCCCAAAGACAUGAGGAAGCUGCAGCUGGAGUAUUUUGAAGAGGCGUCUGCUUUUCUCCGCGCCCACCCAAAGGUGACAGGCCCUGGGAUCGGCGUCAUUGGAGCCUCGAAGAGUGGAGACCUAGCUCUAUUACUGGCAACAUUCACCCCAGGCAUCUCUGCUGUUGUCAGUAUUAAUGGGUGCAAUGCCGUUACGAUUUUUCCCAUAAUGUACAAGGGCACUGUUUUCCCUGGGCUGAUCGGUGACUCCAGUAAGAUAACUGUCACCAAGUCUGGAAUAGCAGACAUAAGAGACACCUUGAGCAACCCUUUGGAAGGUGAGAAUCAAAAAAGCUUGAUCCCAAUUGAGCGGGCAGAUUGCAGAUUUCUCUUUUUGGUUUCUGAAGAUGACCGGAACUGGAACAGCCCUUUCUUUGCAGAGGAGGCUGUCAAACGCCUGAAGGCACAUGGGAAAGAUAAUUUUGAGAAGGUCGUGUAUCCUAUGGCUGGCCACUACCUUGAGCCACCAUACUUCCCACAUUGUCCUUCUUCCUUCCACAUGCUGGUUGGAAAGCCAGUCGUCUGGGGUGGAGAAGCCAAAAGUCAUGCCAUGGCGCAGAUUGACAUGUGGGAAAAAAUCAAGGCAUUUUUUAAAGAGCAUCUGGGCACAGGGAAAUGUUCUAGUGCCAAACUUUAAAAAAAUAAAUAAAAGGCACAUCAAAAACAUAGUGAAACUGAAGGUGUGGGGUAUGCAUUUGCCUUCUCUCCAUUAAUCAAAUCUGCCUUCAUUGCUACACACAAAGCUCAAGGACUUUCAGAUGCCUUAGGUGGUACUUGCCUGGUUUUAAAGGUAAUGACACAUCUUUUAAACUACAUUACGUCAAACAUUUUUUAACAAUGCAGAAUGAAUGACAUUACUGAGUGUUAUAGUCAGAUAAGUGUAGUUGUGUUUUUUUUUUUUAAUGACAAUAAAUACACAAAGUUGGAGAAUGUGAUGUGAGCUUCAUUUACAGCACACACAAUAAGAGAGAACUACUUAAUGCUGAGCUGGCAUAGUUUUUCAUCAGUUUGUAACAUUAGACAAGUUUGAUUAAUAUUAAAUAAGCUUUUCUAACAUAAGCGCCUCUCCAAAACCCUCACCUUGGAAGUUAACAAGGAUGUAUUUAUUAUAUUAAGAAAUGUAAUUACAGUAUACAAAUUCAGAACCCCCCCACCCCGAUCUUUCUGCUAAAUUAUUUUAAUUCAUUUCUUCCUUCAUCAAGCAAAAGUCAGUACCCCAGAAUGAACUCAAGAUUUUAGAAAUAUAUUAAAUAUUUAUAGGAUUUUAUUAAAUCUAUUAAUAAACAAAAAACAUUAAAUACCUAGUUACUAGGAAACUUGGCUCAGGUGCAUCCCAUUCUGUUCGUCAUCUCCCAGCUCCUAAUGCCACUAGACUGGUAUUGGGCAGGUGCUGAACUGUGCCUGGCUGUCUCCAGCUGUGACACUUAAAACUGAGGCCAAGCAGAUCAGUCUUGUUCUCAUAGUUGGAGUCUUUAAAGGUGCCUUUCUUUGUGCAAAUUCCAAGUGGGAUUUCAUAUGCAAUCUGGCCACACUGCCAUAAAGCCCAGAUUAGUGGGAUGUUGCAGUGAUGGCUGUUUUUCUGGAAGUUUCUCCCAAUCUCCCCAUAGGUUCCUUGGCACGCAGCCAGAGUGACUGUGGUGGUCCUUGAUCACCUUUCUUACCAUGUCCCUUCUCCCAAGAUUGCUUAGGUGGACAACUCUAGGAAGAUUUGUGGUUGAUUCAAAUGGAAUCAUAGCCAAAGGGGCUUCAACAAACUAAGGGCCUGAACAUUUAGGUCAAUUUGCAAAAAAAA